AUGAGCCGGUUGAGCUGGGAUGGUCUAAUAGGUUUAGGUUUUACUACACCUGAACAAAUAAGGGAACAUAGAUUAUCUUUAAUUGAUCAAAUUAAGCUACAUAAUUCGUUACGAGAAUUGGGGUUACGAAAUCAAUUUUCGUAUUACGCAAAUGAUAAGGAUGGCUUCUUUAAUUUGGGAGGAUUGAACGAGAAGUUUGCGGACAAGCAAAUUAAUUGGAUCGUGGGGAAGAAUAAGGAAGGUUACUGGUCCAGUCGACUUAGUUCGGUAGAGAUUGGUGGGAUUCCUUACCGGCAAGAGUGUGAUGCGAUAUUUGAUACUGGAACGUUGAUGACGUAUGUGCCUACUUCCGUCUACGACCGUCUUUGGUCUGCGGGAUGCUCGGUACCGGAUGUUACCCUGGUGUUCGGGGAGACUCGUCUUCCUUUGAAGAAGGAGGCGCUGGUCUCGGCUACGACGACGAACGAAUGUUCUUACACUUUUGCGCCAGAACCAGGCUCAUUACGCUCCGAAUUGAAGCAAGAGUGUUGGACGCUCGGUUACGCGUGGUUUGCGUCCUAUCCCACAAUAUUUGACUGGGAGGGUGACGAGCCGUUAUUGGGAUUUCUUGUUGUUUAA